UGGUUGGCUGGUUGUGGUUGACAUGCAGUUGAGGGUUGCAAGAUUCAUCUGAAAAUAUGAAACGCUUCGGCCUAAGAAAUGGAGAAAUUGUUCUCUACACUGCGUGCACGGGUGUAAGCAAUACUUUCUCUUAAGAAAUGAGCCGAGCCACCGCAACCAGUCAUCUCCAUCCCAAAGUAAAAUAUUUAUAUAAUUCAAUCUGUUUGCCUGUCUGCUGCUCUACUGCUCUGUUCUUGCUGACGCAAAAGUGACUCGGGAAGUGUCAAAUCGAUCACGGAUUGCAUUCGUCGGUGCUGAAGUUGGCAUUUCAACCAGGUUCAAGAAUCGCAUUUCAUUUAACUCUGUUCGAUACUUGGCCUUAGCCCAUGAUAGCGUAAUGUGAUAAGCCAGGGCACGGAUAAAUUCGCGGGCCGGUGCGGGAAAAAAAGGGGAGGAGAAGAUAAAAGCGGGGGUCGGAUAAUAGUGGAGAACCGAGGGACAAUGGAGAAGGCGGCAGAGGCGGCGGCGGCGGAUACGCCGGUGAUCGUGUGGAACGAGAAGGACGGGAGGUUCGAGACGGAGGACAAGGAGGCCUUCCUCCAGUACCACCUCCGAGAUAGAAGACGGCGAAUGGACAUGGUCCACACGUACGUGCCCAGGAGCAAGCGAGGCCUGGGCCUCGCCGCCCGUCUCUGCGUCGCCGCAUUCACCCACGCCCAGCGCCACUCCUUGCUCGUCAUUCCCUCCUGCUCCUAUAUCUCCGACACAUUUCUUCCUCGAAAUCCUUCCUGGAACUCUCUUGUAUACAACAAGGAGUAAAAAUCCUGUAUGUGAUCUUCUGCAAUGCGCUUUCAGGUCUGUUCUCUUCUGUUGUUCAUGUUAAGCCUGUAAUCUUAUCACCAGCCUACUGUAUGCAUUUAUUUUCUGCCAAUAUCAUCUCUGCUCCUGAAAUGACCAUUUAAUCCUAGUCAGUGAUUUCCUUUUGUAUCUAUGUUUCCUUUGUUAUGCUUGGAAGUUAAUCCUAGUCAAUGAUUUCCUUUGUUAUGCUUGGAA